AAUACUGAUUCGUCUAUUUUGUCCCGUUUCACCCUAACCGCACGACGGCUUGGCGAGCGUAUAAGAGAAGGGAAGCGCCUGAUUCUAUUUCAACAACCAACUCCACAUUUUGUACAUGAUGUUAGACGAAGAUUUCGGCAAACGCGCUAUGGACGUAGACAGUUUCUACGGAUAUGUUCCCGACAGAGGGAUUUCAAUACUUUUUUUGGUCCUCUUUUCUGUAUCAACUCUAAUCCACACCGGCCAAGCGGUCUUCUCUCGGGCGUGGUGGCUACUGGCUACCGCUGUCCUGUGCGGCCUCCUCGAGAUUCUGGGCUGGAGUGCACGGCUAUGGUCAAGUUCCAAUCCAGGGCUCCCGGAUCCUUACGAGAUGCAGUUGACCUGCACUAUCUUGGCCCCGACGCCGCUCUUGGCCGCCAACUUUGUGAUCCUUGAGAAACUGAUUGAGCGUCUUGGAACCGGGUACAGUCGUUUGAGUCCAAGAACCUAUCUUAUUCUCUUUUGUUCUUGCGAUAUCAUUUCUCUCGUGAUACAAGCGAUUGGGGGUGGAAUGGCAGCAACAGCUGUAUCUGAGGACACAGAUCCGGAGAAGGGGGGACACGUCAUGCUAGGCGGUAUUGCCUUCCAAAUGGCCGUUAUCGCGAUAUACUCCAUCUUGGGUAGCGAGUUCUUCAUAAGAUACUUGGCUGAUAAGCCUAUUCGCGGACGCGACAUCACCAGAGGUCACUUAAACACGAAAUUGAAAUUCCUUACCGUAGCUCUCGCCUUCACCACCGUCUGUCUGUUUAUUCGAGCUGUGUAUCGUACUAUUGAAUUGUCUGAUGGGUGGUCAGGGAGAAUCAUUACCACCGAAGUCUAUUUCAAUGUACUCGACGGAACGAUGGUGGUACUGGCGCUUUAUACGUUCAAUGUAUUCCACCCGAUGCUACUCCUUCAGGACAAGACAAAAAUACCGGAGCAGAAGCAAGAAAUGGACACUGACGGGGAUACAGUAGUUGCGUAGAUAAUCGUCAUAGUCCUGCCUUGCUAUUUUACGUACGCGCUCAAGUAAUAAUCUAAUCAGCCCAAGUAUACAACGUCGGUAUCACGAGUUUCAGCAUAAAAAAACGAGAAACCAC